AUGAACUUUGGGGGACAUCGGAACCAGUCCCAUGACAGGCUAGCUGUCCCCAAGAAAGGCUCCAGAAGCUGCUGCCAGCAACUCACAGUGACGCUGGCAUCAGGGCCUGGUUCUGCUGGGCGUGAUUCAGCUUGGCUGCACCCUGGGACUGCGCCUGAUGGCUGGAAGAAUUCUGUUCGCCAUAACCUGUCUCUCAACAAGUGCUUUGAGAAGGUGGAAAAUAAGUCGGGGAGUUCCUCUCGAAAGGGCUGUCUGUGGGCCCUCAAUCCUUCCAAGAUCGACAAGAUGCAGGAGGAGCUGCAGAAGUGGAAGAGGAAGGACCCCGUCGCUGUGCGAAAAAGCAUGGCCAAACCAGAAGAGCUGGACAGCCUCAUUGGAGACAAAAGGGAGAAACUGGGCUCUCCACUGCUGGGAUGUCCACCCCCUGGGCUGGCAGGCCCAGGCUCCAUCCGGCCCCUGGCACCCUCAGCUGGUCUCUCCCAGCCUCUGCACCCAAUGCACCCAGCUCCAGGCCCCAUGCCUGGCAAGAAUCCCCUGCAGGACUUACUGGGUGGUCAUGCACCCUCCUGCUAUGGGCAGACCUACCAACACCUUUCUCCCAGCCUGGCCCCCUCUGGACACCCGCAGCCAUUGUUCCCACAACCAGAUGGGCAUCUUGAGCUGCAGGCCCAGCCAGGCACUCCCCAGGACUCACCUCUACCUGCCCACACACCACCCAGCCACAGUGCCAAGCUGCUGGCUGAGCCUUCCCCAGCCAGGACCGUGCAUGAUACUCUGCUGCCGGAUGGAGACCUUGGUACUGACCUGGACGCCAUCAACCCCUCUCUCACCGACUUUGACUUCCAGGGAAAUCUGUGGGAGCAGCUGAAGGAUGAUAGCUUGGCCCUGGACCCCCUGGUACUGGUGACCUCGUCCCCGACCUCAUCCUCCAUGUUGCCACCCCCACCUCCAGCGCAUUGCUUCCCCCCAGGGCCCUGCCUGUCAGAAACAGGCAAUGGGGCAGGUGAACUGGCGCCUCCAGGCGACGCGGGCUCCGGGGCCCUGGGAGACCUGCACCUCAGUACCCUGUACUCGGCCUUUGUGGAACUGGAACCCACGCCCUCCUCAGCUGCUGCGGGCCCUGCUGUGUACCUCAGUCCCGGCUCCAAGCCAAUGGCUCUGGCUUGAGCUGUGUCCAGCAUCAGCUCCAGCCUUUUCCUGAACUGAAGUCCCAGCUAGCUGCCCAUAUCGGACUCACCUUAAAGGUCAAGGAAGGAAAACACUACCUGUCUCCUACGUCACUCAGCCAA